AUGUCCACAGACGUCGUGUCAAUCUCUUACCAAACACUUGUAUCUUCACCCUCGUCUCUAGAGACAUCCAUUGAGGAGGCGUUUGGAUCGCAUUCUCAGGCCCUCGGGAUUAUACUAGUGAAAGAUCUUCCGCCUGUCUACCCUGUCUACAGGGAAAGACUACUGAAGUUUGCAUACGAUUUUGCUCAUCUGGAUGAGGACAUAAGGGAGAAGUACGUGGACCCUGGGAGCAUAUACAGUUACGGAUGGUCGCACGGGAAAGAAAUCAUGAAUGGACGGCCAGGUGCGAAUGAUCAUGUAUACCGCCUAUUGGCUGGAUACUUGCUUACCAUGGAACUAGACACGCUGAAAGGGUCUUACUACGCUAACCCCGUGGUAGAUGUUCCCGACGUCAACCCCGCUGUAAAAGCUGCGUAUCCACCAAUCUACGGCAAUAACAUCUGGCCCGACAAGAACGAAAUCGGUAUAGAAGGUUUUGAAGAAGCCUUCAAGGAUCUGGGAGGGUUCGUUUUCGAUGUUGGGCGUCAUCUUGCGGGCGCCUGUCAGCCCUUUGUCUCCAAAUAUUUGACGGACGUGUCUUUAUCUGUUCCAGAACUCAUCAGCACACAAACCGCUAAAGCUCGCCUUCUGCACUACUUCCCUCCUUCAGAAAAUAGCCCUACCGCUGAGGAUGAACCCAUCGAUAGUUGGUGCGGCUUUCAUAAAGAUCAUUCACUCCUGACUGGGUUGUGUUCGGCUAUAUUCCUUCGUGAAGAAGCAGGAAUGGAACCUACUGCUGUUCCCUCACCUUCUCCGACGUCCGGCUUGUAUAUCAGAACUCGAGGUAGAGAUCUGACAAAGGUCUCGAUUCCUCCAGACUGCCUUGCCUUCCAAACAGGCGAGGCCCUGGAGUUAGUCACUGCUGGAAAGUUACGGGCGACACCUCACUGCGUGCGGGUUGGGCAAACACAAGUUGGAGCAAAGAUAUCACGAGAGACAUUUGCUCUCUUCAUGCAGCCUGAUACCCAUCAACGUAUCUCUGAAAGCGAUACCUUCGGGUCAUUUAGCAAGAAGGUGCUGGAGGAACACUACAAAGAAGCCAGGGUAAUAUGA